GUUUGGUAGCAAUAUUUGCGGUAACACCGGAGGUUGAGAUCUUGUUUCGCGCAUUUCGAGCCUGUUCCCCGACCAGAAAACUGUCACGGGCUCAUAAACAAAAACCCUGACAUGUAAAAUAACUUGUGUGAUAUUCGGAGGACUUAAACUUUUUGACGCCGCUUUUAAAAUGAGGAGAUAACAGCGUUUAACGGCGUAACGGCUGGUUUUCCCCAACCGCUGCUCUUUUGUUUUGACAAAGGAAGAGGACCUGAGUUUCUGUAUCCCUUAAUUAUACCGGUGUAAAUCUGGUGGUGGGACAGUUUCAUUUGCCAUAUUUUCUGAAAUGGCUCCACAAAAGCAUAGCUCAUCGGGGGGAAGUCACCCGGCGGGUAUCGGCUCUGGAGGGAAAGCCAACGGGUUGUACCAGUCUUCUUCCUCCGCGAUGGCUGCAACGAAAAAGCCCAACAUGCAGCUCAUACAAGCCGACCACGAGUUGUUCCUGCAGGCCUUUGAGAGUGAGUGUUUGCUGACAUUAAUCAUACAUUCAAGAAAUGCUGACAACAUGGUUUGAUUUCAAGGUCAUUGAAAGUUUUGAAGGUACCAUGUGAGUGGCGAAAUGAAGGACUGCACGGCUGUUGAGGAAACAUUUCAUUGCUGCUUGUAUUAGUACUGCUCCCCAAAAGUUCAAUUUUCUUUAACUGGAUUUGUCCUUAUCGAUACUGUGCUCUGAUUUUUACAGAUUUAUUUAGAGUCCAAAAUUGCUGUCAUACUUUACAUUUACUGUCUGUGAUUCAACUUGUCAUAAUUCGAAGUGGGUAGGUUGUUUGCAUGUUCAUAUCUUAAUAGAUGGGAAAUAAAAGUUAUUGGAAAUUUAAUCCACCUGUUUAUCAUGUUUUGGCACAUAUUUUAAAGGGUACCAAACAUUACAGUGGCAAAGAGCUGAUUGAUUACACUAAGUAUGAGACCUUAAUCUCCAGUAAGUUUCUAAAAUCACAACAUUAUAUUGGUCCAUCUUGAAUGGACUCUGGCACAUCUGGAUCAUGUUAGUCUGGUACAGUUUUUACUUGCUUUACAAAUGCAAAUUUACAUACAGUAGUUUUUUUGUUUAUAAUUUUUAGCCCAUGCAGUGAUUUCCACUACAGAGUCAUGUUUGUUUUCAAUGCGGUGCUACUUUAGGACUUGGAAUCACACCCAUUAAGUGUUAUUUUUGUUUUUUGCUUCAUUUGUUCAGAGAUUGUUCAUUUGUUCUCUGAAUCUUUUAAUAAUAUUGUGUACCAUAGACAAGGAAAUAUACACAUUUUCUGUUUUGCAACUGAGGAACUAUUUACUUUUGCAGUCCCUUAUGUUGUCUCUCAUCUCUGUUUUUUCCCUGUUUCAUUUAAGCUGUUGCAAAUGAGUCGGUGUAACUGGGAGUUAUUCCUCCAGGUGUUUCUUUUUUAAGUGUUGUUAGUGUUAGAUUUAAAAAUUAUCUUUUUUUUUUUUUUUCAAAACAAGACUUUUCAGCUUCAACAUUUAAUGUGUUACCAUAUCAACAUUUUACACAUCAUCAGAACUCUCUGGGGAUUGGGGUUGUGACAAUGGCUCUUCACAGUUAUUAUCACAUAAAGACUGAAAGUUUUCAGUGGCACAACCCAAGUCCCUUGUUUUUCCUACACAUAAAUAGUAAAUAAAACAUAUCAGUGCUAGUAAUUCACCUUUUUUUGUUCUCAGAGCCAACCCAAAUCUAUAGAUUUCUUCGCACCAGGAACCUGAUCGCUGUGAGUGUGUCUCUUCCUACCCAUCAAUAGUCACAUGGUUAAAUUGACCACCUGAGAUACAGAGAGAUACUGUAUAAAUGUACCUUUUGGCUUGUUGGCAGACUUGUGACACUGUCUUUUUGUUUCAGCCCAUAUUCUUGCACAGGACACUCACGUAUAUGUCCCACAGAAACUCAAGGAAUAACAUUAAACGGUAAGAAAACUUCAGUUCACAGUUUGGGGCUGUUUCAUGUGUAUUCAUGUUGAUUUUCAGCUUCUACAAGUUGUGAGACUGUGAGACAGUAUGAGACUGGUUUUGUCUCGCACUGUCUUCUUUCUAAUGUCUCUGCUGCAGCUUUCAGAACGGUAAGCUGAGUGGUUUGCCUCUUAGAGAGCAGCUCAAGUGUUAUCUGGAGAGAAAGUUAACCGACAUGUCGGCUGCUGCAGGAGCGGCUGACUGGAUCAGUUAAAGCUGAGAUACAAGAGAUGAUUUCGGUUAGGCUGUUUUGCAUACAAACGUUGCACCGAAUACACAUGGGGCUGCUUGUGGUUCAGUCUGCAGAGAGCUAAGUUUGGUUUGAUAACAUGGAUGUUUGGAUGAAGGAUCACAGUCAGGCUGUGAAAAACUUGGGCUGCAGAACUUUGUCAGAAAAAGGGGCAAGUAACUACCUUUGCAUCUUCUUCUCAUUGAUGAACACCAAGAAUGAAGUGGUUGUACUGAGAGGUGUUAGUUUGUAUUUUAACUGCAGUUUUCAGGCUGAUCUCUUCAGACUUAGACAGUGAGGCAUUUUCCCCCUUUUUGUUUCUUUUUCUUUGUCCAAAAAUGUAUGUGACACAAUGACUUAGUUGUUUAAAAGUAGGUGCAUUUUUAUCACUUGUGUAUCACCAUGUCUUUGUCAUUUCUGUGGACUUUUUGCAAUGCUUUCUUAAAGCAAAAAGCUCAAAAGGGUCGAACAUGCCACGCUCUAAAUGAAACCUAAGCCAGUGUGUUUUUCUGAAGUAAUUUUAACCGAGUAAAAUGUUUUUUUAAUUGAAACUAAUGACCCAUCCGAAAUAUUUUAAGAGAUAUGUUAACAAGAUAGGACAACUAUGACUGAUUAAACAGUCUAUCUUUAAUUGUAAUGCAUAACAAAAUAGUUAUUAAAAAUGUUAUUCUUGGUAAUUGCUGGUGUUUUAAUCUGUUCAACAUUAUCAGUGUUUCUUUAUGAGGAUUGUCCACAAACAUGCAUUAGAGUUUUAGUUUUCUUUCACUCCUUAUUUGGUCAUGACUUGUCAGACGAGUGUUUUCCCUCUCUGUAGCUCUGAAUGAGUCUUGGGACUCAAACAGGCAGCCGUUAACUUGGUGCGCUAUUAUUCCUGAUCUGAGUGGAGAAGGUGAAGUAGGUGACACGUCUUACUUUCACUUUCUGCUGCACUCGUGCUGCAUGCUUUAGUCACAUGGAGCGCUGCUUGUGAUAGAAGAUGAAUUAGCUACACACACAUGCUCACUUCUAAGAGUUAAUAAAAGCUCAUAAAGACACAAAUAUCUUAAAGGCAGAAGCUAAAGAGACACAAAGACGGGGGAUUUCAUGAAUGGGAUUCAGUGCUGCUGAUGUUCAGAGCGGUGUGCAUUUUCAGUCUCCUUGUCAGGCUGAGUGCAGUCAAAAUUACAAAGCAAACAGUGCUUCUACUUAAGUCUACUUACUGAAAGCCAAUAAAGCAUUGAGGCUCCCUGCAUACAGCAUGUCCUGUAGCUGCCACAUCCUCCUGCAGAAUGAUUCAAUAGCCAUAAAGUUGAAGUGAACUGUAAACCAGAAAUCAAAGCUUGCAUGUAUAUGAUGGUUGCAUCGUUGUGCAGUUACAGUCAGGCCAGUUUGAUUCAAAGCUGAGCUCUGGUUAAGGUUUUUUUUUUUUUUUUCCUUAAUGUAAGACUCUGCUCAGCCUCGCAGGUGUUUCCACUUACUUCUGCUCAUUAGACCUCCAUCCAGGUUGAUGUUGGGCAGAUUUAUGUGAGUUUGUUAGUCAUUUGCGCUCCAAAAAUCCCCAAUGUGAUCCAGGUGUACCAGCUUCCCCUUUCAUUUCAGUUCAGUGCACAAAUCAGAACAUGCUGUUUGAGUUUUAAACAUAAAGUCACAUCCUCUCGCAGUAUCUCCUACAGGAUCUGAAGCUGAACACAAAGUCGAAUACAGGCUUCAUAUGUAAGGCUGUAAAGAUCAAACUUCUUGGCAAAUAUCAGUACUUGAGCUUUAAGUAAACUUUUUAUUGAUCAUAUUAACUAGUGAUUAAAGCUGCAUGACAACAAUAUUGACUUAUAUGGGUUUUUUUUUCUGUUCAGGAUAAAAUGUAAAAAAUAAAGAUUGAAAUCCUUGUACUGUGCCUAAACUUAUUAUGUGUUUGUUUGCACACAUAAAGGGUUGCAAAAUAUCUAAUAAUAAUAAAAUGUGUGAAUGAUUUCAGGUUAACAAUAUUUGAGGCCAUUAUUCAUCAUACUUGAUGGGGUUUUCAAAAUAACAGUGUUGAAUCUGAUUUUUUAAAAUAAUCAGUACAUCUCUUUCUUCUAUCGUUAGAGUUGAUGUACUUUUUUCUGGUGUGUCUGGUACAGUCAUCUAUCUUUCUUGAUGCCAAAUGGCCAUGAGAGUACAUUUGAAGCAGCUACUGUAGUCAGUGAACUCAAAUCUGGCUCUGAUCUAUCCUUGUGUAAGAAUCAGCUGAUGUACUGCACAGUGUCAUCUGUUAUUCUGGCAGUGUGCUCGGUCUGUUUCAGUAACCCCUCUGUUUGUCUGCAUGUUCAGGAAAGGCUCCAAGGUUGACAAUCUGUUGUUCAAAGUGGAGAAGAUGAGAGGAGAACAGGAGACUCACAGGUAAACGCACAAGCUGCAGAUUUUUCCGCAAGUUUUGCCCGCUCUGCUGUUAUUUUUAUUUCUGCGUCAUCUGACAUUAAGAAGGAGAAAACCCGACACAUGUCGAGUAUUCAUAAGUCAUAGUUUACACAGACUGUGGACACAAAUCUGUUAUUUCUCCUUGUUGCUCCUUCCAUUGAAGAAUAAUGUGAGCCAUGAUUUGUCUGCAUUUUUCCAUUAGCUGUUCCACAGAUAUUCAGCAGGGUCUUGCUGUUUUCAGUUCGUGUUUUUUCCCAGUAUAUCUUCUUCAAUUAUUUGUCGCUCAGACAGCUUCAAAUGUGGCUCUUUUAAAGACAGGAGGAGCACAAACAAAGUGUCUAUGCCAGUUUUAGAUCUUUCUCGUGCAACAUCUUAAAACUGAUUAUGUAAACUUAUUUUUCUUUGUUUCUUUAGCUUAGCCUCUAAUCUGCAGCUCACCUUUACUGGCUUCUUCCAUAAAGCUGGUAAGUAUGUCCUUUUCGCUGUGUUUGCCUUUUUUGGAUAAAGUCCUCAUGCCGAUAUAAGAAGUUUUCUGCCUGUUUUUUUUAGGGAAGCCGUCUCAGGACUGUGAGAACGAGCAGAAUUCUGUCUCUCUGGAGGUGCUGCUGCUCAAAGUAUGCCACAAGAAGAGGAAGGUGAGUGUGGUAAUCAUUAAAACAUUUGAACUUUUUGAAAUUUAAGCAGUAACAAACCUCUGAGAUUUUCCUCUCCUUCCCUCCCAUCCAGGAUGUGAGCUGUCCGGUGAAGCAGGUUCCUGCAGGUAAGAAGCAGGUCCCUCUGAAUCCAGACACAAGAUCCGGAGGCCAGGCCAAGCCAGGCUCCACCUCAUCCCUGCUGGUCCCGAGCAGCGACUUUGAACCCAGUAACUCUCACAUGGUCAAGUCCUACUCACUGCUCUUCAGAGUAUCAAGGCCAGGAUGCUCACGGACACAGAUCAACGGCAUGAUCAACGGGGAGAAUCACCACAGCAGAGGUGAGCUGACUGUCAAAGAUGACCUGCUGAACACACAGAUGGUCUAUGGAAACUUUUGGACUGUUGCGGUUCCCUCAAACCUUCAUGUUUUCCCAUCCAGAAAGCCCUCCCUCAUGUGUAGUUAUUACUAUUAUUCCAGUCUUUAGGCUUAAACACAACUCAAGGGGUACAUUAUUGGCAAAGUCUGCAGAUAUGAGGGAAAACGGUUACUUUGAAGAACGGUGGAGUGAAAAUGUGGGUUAAUUCUUUCUCUCUGUGCCUGUUUCAGAUUUUACAGAGGAAGUGAUAAACAGGAAGAGGAGGAGCUCUUCUCUCAGGGACGAGGGAGAAACCACAUUUGUGGCUCAGAUGACAGUUUUUGAUAAAAACAGGUGAAACUGACAGACACACAAAGAUACACGCAUGCAUACACACAGUUGCUGUCUUACACCGUCUUUUAUUUCUUAAUCUUAAUCCCAAAUUCAUCCAUAUUUGUAAUUUUUGAGAAUAAUAAUUGCUCAAUGUUUUCUUUUGUGUAACACAGUUCUGGAAUUUUUUUGCAUUUAGUUUUUUCUACAAACGCAGAUAUGUAAGAAAAAAAAACAAACAACAACAAACUCUUACAUGUAUGAAAAAGUAUUGUUCAGGUCUUAAUGCUGCAGAAUCAGUGAUGAGACGUUGUUGUGUUUGUGUGCAGGCGUCUGCAGUUGUUGGACGGGGAGUAUGAGGUGUCUAUGCAAGAGAUGGAGGAGUGUCCGGUCAAUAAGAAGAGAGCGACCUGGGAGACUAUCCUGGAUGGAAAGGUGUGUAAAAGAAUCUUAACAAGGCAAGAAGAUUUGAACUUAGGAGGCGUAUAAAAUCCUGGUGCCUCAGACACGUGAGGUUUUGUUUCGUUUCAUUUCUCCUUGACUUUAUCGGUCCAGAUGCAGCUUUUAUCCUGCUCAAAUGUUAUUCUGCCUUUAUUCUGCAGCGUUUGCCUCCCUUUGAGAGUUUCUCUCAGGGUCCGACUCUUCAGUUCACUUUGCGCUGGACCUCGGACUCCCCCGAUCGCUCCACAGCGCCCGUGGCCAAACCUCUUGCCACCCGCAACUCUGAGACAAACCAGGACAGCAGACCCAGCACCCAGAGAGCCACGCACACUCUAGGUGAGAGGACAGCAGCAGAUCUGUCUAUUUCAGUUUGAAAGAUUUGUGACUUUGUUAAGAAAAGUUGAGUGAUCAGCUGUUUCUGCUUCAUUCUGCAGCUGUUAAAGAAUCAAUAAACCCUGAUGUGCAAAGCAGGAGAGAACAGAUCUUAGCUGAACCAAGACAGAAACUACGCAUCUUCUACCAGGUCAGUACUCUUUGAACAGAGAUCUGCCGUCUCACAUUCACACAAGAGUCUAUCUGUUAUUAUCAUUACAAUGACCGUAAAAUGUGACUAACUGAUGCUGAACUGGUGCUGUUUGAUCGCCCUCACUUUAACUGUUUCCGUUUCUUCGUCCAGUUCCAGUACAACCACAACACGCGGCAGCAGACGGAGGCCAGAGACGACCUUCACUGCCCGUGGUGCACGCUGAACUGUAGGAAGCUCUACAGUCUGCUCAAACACCUAAAACUGUCCCAUCCUCGCUUCAUCUUCAACUACGUGGUGAGACAGACUGACUCUGGGUGUAGAGAGGAAAGAAAGAAAAAUAGAGAUAGCAGGGUAAAUCAUAAGAGAUAAAAGAGGCUGAAUAUGUGGCUCCAGCGGCAUGAAGAAACUAUCAACUGUUAAAUACUAAAAACGCUUAUAUAUGACAGACAGUUUCGAGCUGCUGCAUCCUUGCAUGCAGCCAUCUUGAAUCAGGAAGACAAGUUAGGAACUAUAAAAACCAAUAAAACAAUUGUGUAAAGCUUUUCUACAAGAUUGAAACCAUUACAUCUGUUCAGUUCACGUCUUGUAUCCAGCAUUACACAGGAAGAAUGUGUCCAAAGUUCCUGCCGUUUUUCAGUGUGUCGUUUUCAGAUUGUUGUUUUUUAUCAGUCAAACAUAAAUCCUCUGAUCUGUGUCAGCCUCAUCCCAAAGGAGCAAAGAUCGAGGUCUCUAUCAACGAGUGUUACGAUGGCUCGUACGCAGGAAACCCUCAGGACAUCCACAGCCAGCCGGGCUUCGCCUUCAGCAGGAACGGACCCGUGAAGAGGACGUCUGUUACACACAUUCUCACCUGCAGGUACUACUUUUACAUUUUUAAUCUUACUAUAAUGUUUAAUUCCCUUAAAUAAUCACCAAAGAUAGAGUGGAUAACCUUGAAGUGCUGCAGGUACGAUUAUGUUAAAAACAACAAUGGAGGUGAUUAAUCAAUAGUAGUACAAGUAAAGGCAUUCAGGAACAGUCAGAAAACAUCUUAACAAGUUAAUGCUAUUAUCUAAAUAUCUGACUCUCAGACCCAAGAGGACGAAGCCGAGUCUUUCUGAGUUUCUGGAAUCGGAGGAUGGCGAUCAGGAGCAGCAGAGGACGUACAUCAGCGGACACAACCGCCUCUAUUUCCACAGCGACAGCUGCGUGCCACUGCGGCCUCAGGAGAUGGAAGUAGACAGUGAGGACGAGAGAGACCCUGACUGGCUCAAAGAGAAGACGACAAAGGUAUUUUUAUUGAUUUUAUGCAUGAACUGUAGUUUAUCUGCUCUAUCUGUGAAAGGGUUCAAUUAUUUGUUUUUUUGCCUUUUGAGGAAUUUGUUCAUGCUUAGCUUGAAAUCUCUGGAUUACUUUUAAAUACUUCAAAAACAUAUUUUAGCUCCACGGAAAACAGCAACUGAUAAUUUAAUUGAAGUGUAUGUCAACUAAUGCCAUGAAACAGAUCUGACUUUAGUCUGAUUUCUGCAUCUCUGCAGCAAAUUGAGGAGUUCACAGACGUCAACGAAGGAGAGAAAGAGAUCAUGAAGCUGUGGAACCUCCACGUCAUGAAGCACGGGUGUGUAUGAAGCAGGGAGGAGGUGAAAUAAAUCCCAGAGAAUUCAUAUCUGAUAUACGUUUGUGUGAUCAGAUCUAAUUUUGUGCAUUACCACCAAGAGGUCUGGUUUGUUUCCACAGCCGACAGCCCCCUGGCUCAUUACAUAGGAAGUGUGUCAGAAAGAGCAUGACUCAUACACUAUCAGACUCUCAAAAAGUGUAUCUAUAAGCAGCAUUUCUGUCCCACACCUUCACCAGGCAAAGAUUCAGACUGACUGUCAACAGACUGUUUGCCUGAUGAGGAUUCAGAACUGAAAGUGGCUGUUUUAACCUCGUUAGAGAUUUAGAUGUAGUAACAGUGACAUGGCAAAGAAACAUGCAGCAGGCAGAAGGGGGUGGGACUCCAGCUGUAAGGAAACUAAAUCCAGCAUCUUCAUGUUUGUUUGUGCAGAGAUCUGGACAUGUUCCUAGGAGUAUAACUGUCAUGAAACAAUCAGAAAAUCAAUUCUCGUUUUUCUGUUUUGUCACGUUAUAUCCUAUACUGUGGAGCUCUAUAUUUCGACCACCACGGCCAAUCUUCCUAAAACUUGCUCCUGGUUUUCUGGCUGAACCACUGUACACUUCAUUUCCCUGUGGAAUAAUCAGACUCCUAAAGUAACCUGGCACAAGCUGGUUUCCCCUUAUUUUCCCACAGAAAUCUGGGAUGAUUUCAGCUCCUACAAAACUUCACAGACUGCUUACAUAAAUAUGCCAUGUUGUGUGUUUUACUCUCUGUUGUGUAAGACAUAAAAAGGACCUUGAUGAAAAGAAAAACACUAAAUUUAAAAAAAUGUCGCUCCAGCCCUGUGUCACUCAGUUUGGGUCAAAUAUAGAAUCCAAAAUAGAGACAACACUCAGAAUUAAAAAGUAAACACAUUUUCUUUCUCUUCCGUUCUUCCUCCAGCUUCAUCGCAGACAACCAGAUGAACCAGGCCUGUCUGAUGUUCGCCGACCACUACGGCCACCACAUCGUCAAACGCAGCCUCUGCCGCAACUUCCUGCUGCACUUGGUCAGCAUGCACGACUUCAACCUGGUCAGCACGCUCACCAUCGACCGCGCCAUGGCCAGGCUCCGCCUCCUCCGCAGCCAGAGAGACACAGAGAGGGACAGAGGGGAGGAGGACGAGGAUGAGGAAGAGGAGGAGGAGGAGGACUGGGAGACAGCUGUGGAGUCCCAACCUGAGCCAGAUCCGGAUCCAGAUCUCGACCCGUCAGAGUAUAAACCUUGUAGCGAUGAGACGAACAACGAAUGCCUGGAGAAUGGGAAUCGGCAUGAGGAGGAAGAGGAGGAGGGAGGGGCAGUGACUGAGAGGUUGAUUAGUGAGCAGGAACUCUGCAGCUCUGAUUCAGUUUCAAAAUAGAUGCAGAGACAGAGUCCUCGGAGAUCUCCAAGCAGGACUAGUGAUCUAAAAAUCUACAAAGGGAUGACAGACACACACGAUACUUCUGGGAUUCUGUUUUUAGGGGUAGUAACAUGAUCAAGUUGUUUGAUUUCUACACAUUUACAUCCAAAAGAGGCUUCAGAUUGUUUAUUUUUUUUUACAUACCGAGAGAAACAGUUUGAAAAGUUGAUGCAAUUUUUUUUUUUAUCAUGCUCUUUAUUGUCGAAGGUGCCGCAUCAUUUUGCUUUCUGUCACACACACGAGGCCAUCAACACCAACAGGAAGCAGCCGAAUCAAAGCUUUCAGUCAAACUCAGGUAUUUCAAAUCUGAGAGCUACGUUAGCACGAUUUAGGGGGUAAACAUGUAUCAUGAGGACUUGUGGACUGCUUGAUUUUGCUAAACAAGUAACACAAAAAGAAAACUGGUCAUAUCACCAAAGGUAGACCAACAACUCCCAUUGUUCUGUGAGGUAAAAUUGCUGUUUUUUUAAUAGAGUUCAGUGGUGCUGAAGAGACCGACUGUAACAGCUGGUUCUGGUUAAAUAUGUUCAUUAAAAAUAUUUUCAGACACUUAAAAACAACAGCCCGAGUCUGUCGGUGACAAAAAUGCACCUAAUGUGUGUCUGCCAAUUCGGGUAUUUUAAAAACCUGGGUGUUAUUUCUGCACCAUUUGGUGUCCAACCAACUAACAGAUACUGAAAGUUCAGGAACUCUCUCGCCAAAAUUGUGUUAUUGGACUCCAAAUAACAGAGGUAUACAAGCAGCUGCCACUGUGCUUAGAGGACAAUGUUUUGUUAUCAAUGGAAUCUGGUGGCUUCGGGGACGGAGCCACUUCUUAAAAACUAAUAGGUACACACACUGUUGUUGUUGUUUUUGUUGUUGUUACAAUUAUGUGUUGUUGCCUUGUUCUGCUUUGCAUUGACACAAAAGACAAACUGAUAGCGCCAGAGGUAGACUGGCAACUCCCAUCCUACUGUGAGGUAAAUUACUGUUUCUUUCAAGGAGUUUGCUGGUGUAGAAGAAAGGACUAUUUUUUUCCAUAUGUAGUGUCUUUUAAAGAGGUAUAGGGAUUGUCUCAUUCUGCACCGUAUUAAUACAAUAGGCAAACAGAUCACACCCAGAAGCAGACCAGCAACUCCCAUGAUUUAAUAUACAUGAUAACUGUUUUGUGCAUAUGAAAUCAUGGGAAUUUGUUGGCUGUGGAAAGAGCGACUUUAAGGCUGUUUCUGGUUACAGUGAGUGUCUUGUUUGAUGACACAAGGGUUUAACUAUCUUUCUGUAAUGUUCAACUCUAAGACAUAAUUCAGCUAACAUCUAAAACUGAGCGCUACGAUUACAUAGUGUAGGGUGUGACUGACUCAUAACCAUGGAAAGUCAGAGCAGUUGGCUUCAUUCUGCUUUGACAUUAAACAUCCUAAAACUAUGGGAGCUGCUGGUCUACCUAUGGAGCUUUGAGACACAAUAACUGUUUUGAAUGAAGUUUGAUAAUGGGGGGGGGGGCACAGUUGUCGAGAUGAUAAUUUUCAAGAAAAAAAAGUGGUUUCCUUGUGAGAAAAAAAAUGUAAUUAUUCAGAAAAAAGUCCCAAAUCAAACUCUAAGGCUAAUCUAUACAUGCUAAAACAUAUAUGGGGGAUGUUAGAGGAGCAGCCAGCUGCUGUCUGCACUAAAAUGAGGAACGUGGAUCAUCUUGUGACGAUAAACUGAACAGCUGAGAACAAACAGCAGUUGCUAAAGCAUGCAUUAGCUGCCUGUUAGCCUGUCCUUCAUAACACAUUUGUUGUCUUGCACAGUGGGUUCAGAUUCGUGAUCCAUUGGACAACAUAAGAUUGUUAUUUUAUUUUUUUGUGACACACACUUUAAAUUACACCUUCACAAGAUGCUCCAUGUUUCUUAGUUUGGUACACCAAGGCUAACCCAGACUGAAACCAUGAUCUGUUUCUCAUAGAUCUACAUCAUUUUUUCUGCACAGUGUCUCUCCUUUGUACCAUUCAGCCAAACUCCGCUCCACCAAAGGUUUCUUCACUUCUGUUUACAGGAAAAUUCAUCAUCAAGAUAUUGAUCAUAAAUGUUUAAGCAGGUUUCCAAGACUGUUAUCAGGUCUGCUUGUUUCUGAUGGGGUUUAUUUUUAGCUCAUGUUAGAUGUUGACAAAUGAUCAGGGACUUUUGUUGACUCUUUGGUUGCAUAAUCUGGUCUCUGAGGUCUGUUGGCCUUAUGUCCUGUGUUGCUGUUUUUUUGUUUGUUUGUUUUUUCACAUUUUCACAGUUGUAGUUUUUUUAUUUUUACACAAAUCUAAUCUCUGGUUUUUAUGGACAAGUGGAAACGAACUCACAUCGUCUCAGCUAUUCCAGUUUUAGAAUCUUUGUUUCUGUUUUUUUUCCUGCAAACCCACAAACACCAAAAGGACUCGUGGGAUAUUUUGCACACAUGAUAUGCACACAGGGCCUCCACAGCAGGUUCUGCUUCUGGUGCUAAACGUGUCUCUGCCCUUCUCUGAGCCUAAAAUGUGGAAAGAGCAAAAAACACAGGCUUAUGUUUGAUGAAUUCAGUGUUGCUGAAGUUUUUUUUUUUGUAAUGAAGUUGGUCUUUGUGUGCAGAAAACUGUUUCUUUUCUAAUGAGGGUUGAAAGAUCUGCUGAUUUAAGACGAUAUAGAAGUUUCAGACAGACCUCACAAACUCUCCAUGCUCCUUCGUUGUUUUCAAGUAAGAAUGUAUUAUCAUUUUAAAUGUCUUCUGGUGCUUUGAAAGCCUUUUUUUUUUGCCUUUUUCUUUAUAUAAAAGCUGCUGUGAAUAAUUAUUUUUAUAUAAAUUUCAAUUAGUCCCUAAAAGUUUAUAGAAAUGUAAAAAAAUGCUUGUUACUAUUACCCAGAGCUCUAAAGUGGUGUCAGUGUCACGCUUCUUUUAUUCAACCACAUGUCCAAAAUCAUAAUAUCUUUUGUAAAAUAUCAUAAAAGAGAAAGAAAAGCAGCAAAUCUGCACACUGAACCAUCUCAUUUGUUAACCCAGUGGUUCUCAAGUCCAGUCCUGGAGGCCCACUGUUCUGCAUGUUUUGGAUGUUUCCCUGCUUCAACACACCUGAUUCAAAUGAUCAGCUCGUUAUCAAGCUCUGUAAUGGUUUAAUAACGAGCUGAUCAUUUGAAUCAGGUGUGUUCGAUCAGGGAAACACCUAAAACAUGCAGGACAGGAGGGGCUCGAGGACGGGAUUGAGAACCACUGUGUUAACCGAUUAAUUGACUUUUUGCUGCAGCUCAGUAUCAAAUCAUUGUGUCAUAAUCCUUAAGGACUAAAUGAGGAAUAUUUGCUGUGCAUAUUUAGAGUCAGCAGCAGCACAGAGGAAAAAGCAUCAACACAAACUGAGUCUGAAGCGCAUUUUCAUCCAUUUCUUUGUGUUUUUGCAGCUGAAACCUUCAGAGAUGAAUCCGCUUUUGUUCUGUUUGUAAAGGUUCAGGUCUUUACUUUUCUAUUUCUCACACCAAAGGGGAUGGAUUUUGCUUUGUGUUUCUUGGCUCCUUUUAAACAAUGUCUUUCGUGCUUUUUUUUUUUUGUAAAUAAGUUUCUGCAAAGUUUUCUCUGCUUGGAAAUUAUCUCAAGUUUGACAAAAAGCACAGAAUCCUCAUGCUGGGUUGUAGUUUUUCAGAUUUUUGCUUCAUGUUGAACAGUUUGCAGAGCGGACAUGUCUGCAAAAAUAUGAACAAGUCACCUCAGACCCUGCUCUUUUAAAGCUUUAUGUCAGUUUGAAGUAUUUUGCUUCUGAUGGAGCAGACUUUAACAAUUGUUUUUGUUAGUUCACAUGAGACCAGCAGCAUUUUGCACAAAAUGGGAGGAGCCAUGUCAAGAAAACAAAACUUUUCUUCAACCAUUUAUGAAAAAAAUCCGCUUUGAAGGUGGGAACUCUUUGAAUUGAGUCCAAAUGGUUUUCUAUUAAAAGAAACAAUUUUGUACAAUAUUA